AUGACUUUGAAAGACGCUUCCAACUCAAAGAAGGGAGAAGAAAGGAGUCCGGUACCAACAAAGACCCCUCUCAAGCAAGUGGUUGGGCGCGAGGCGAUCAACCCCCAACCGCUCACCAUCCAAGGCUUAGAAGUGUCCGAUGACGAUGCCCCACCAGGAGACGGAGAAGGCGCCGAGCGCCUAGAGGAGCAACUAACGGAGCUUCGGAAAAAGCAAGCGCUCCAAAUGGCAAACAUGCAAGGCCAACUAGACCAAGUCAUGACCGCGUUAACGGCACUAACAAAGGUCAACGACCAGGCGCCUCCGAACCCCCAAUAA